AUGGGUCAGUGGAAGGGUGAAGUGAAAACAGGACUUCCAGAAUUUUCCGAACGUGAAAAGGAACAUGUAGGCGAGGAAAUGAGCGAUGUUUUGAUAUAUCUGAUUUGGUUGGCGCACCGAUGUAGGGUUGAUCUUCCAAGUGCUGCACUGCGCAAGUUCCAGAAGAACUCAAAGAAAUAUCCAGCAGACAGAGUGUUUGGGAAAAGUAACAAAUAUACAGACUACGAAGACCAACAGGUUAAAUAAACACUGAUAUGUCAUUUCUUUUUUUUCAUUUGUUUCAGUUAUUUGGACUGUGGCCAUGCUGGGGCACCACCUUGAAUGGUUUCUUUCAUUCAGUGGUUUGCAAAUUUUGUUUUUUCAGACGGCUGCCCCCUUGCCAUCCAAGCCACAUUACUAACACCCAUUCACCCUUACAAACAUUGAUUCUUUUCUACAGCAAAAUCCAAAGCAGUUUGUUUUUCUUGAAUAAAACUUAACCUAAUUAA